AUGAGGAAUGAUAUUACUACCUUUUUCCAGCAAGAGGGGGAAUCUCUCUAUGAGUCUUGGGAACGUUACAAGGAGCUACUAAGGAGGGUUCCUCACCAUGGCCUUYCGAUUUGGCUGCAGGUGCAAACUUUUUAUAAUGGUCUGACCGAUUCAAACAAGACCAUCUUAGAUGUAGCAGCUGGGGGCUCCAUAAACAAUAAGACUCCCGAGGUUGCCCAUGCACUCAUUGAGGAGAUGGCAGCCAAUAACUACCAAUGGCAUUUAGAAAGGACACCAGUUAGAAAGCAGCAUGGCCUUCAUAAUGUGGAUACAUACACAACUCUCUCUGCACAAAUAGGAGCACUUAGCAAAAAAAUUGAUGUGAUGCAGAUGGUAGCUAUGCAUGUACAGUAUGAUAAGUGUGGGGGAGGCCAUAAUAGCAUUGAAUGCCAACUUGGCAAUCAAUCUUUUCAGUCCACAGAACAAGUAGACUUUGUUGGACACCUGAAUCAGUACCAUCAUGCCCAUAACCCCAGAUGGAGAUGCCACCUGAAUCAGCAUGCACCUAAGCCUUUCCACCAAAACUUUCAUCAGCCGGAACCGAAAUCUAACUUGGAGGAGCUGAUGACCAAGUUCAUAGCUAGUGCAGAAACUAGAUUUCAGAAUAACGAAACAUCGAUAAGGAAAUUGGAAACUCAGAUUGGGCAGUUGGCACAGAUGAUUUUAGAAAGGGUUUUGGGUACCUUACCAAGCAACACCGUGGUCAACCCAAGAGAACAAGAGGCUGUUGGGAGAAUCCCCAAUUCAGAUGCCUAG